AGCAAAACAACCCAAGUCCAAGUGUAUCAUAAACCUCUUACUUCUAAUUAAGUUCUCACAUUUCUCUCAAAGUUCCAAACUUAGUAUACAAAUAGAAAUCUUCAUUCUUUUUCUCCAUUAAUAUUAUGAAUGCCAUGAAAAGAAGCAGAGAAGCGGAUUUGCAAGUGGAAGCAGAAGCCAUGGCUAACUGCGCCUUAUUGCUAUUGUCGACUUCAUCAAAUGGUUUCGAAUGCAAGACUUGCAAUAAACGGUUCCCAUCUUUUCAAGCGCUCGGCGGCCACCGUGCAAGUCAUAAACGGCCAAAAUUACUCGGAGAGUUUCUUGUUCAAUCCAAAAAGAAUAAAAUGCAUGAAUGUUCUAUCUGUGGUAUGGAGUUCUCUUUGGGUCAAGCCUUAGGUGGACAUAUGAGGCGUCAUCGUGAUGAAAUUAAUAAAACGUCGACAGCAGCCGGAAAGACGAUGAUUCCGCUCGUCGGAACGAAAAUAAUACCGGUGUUGAACAAGUCAAAUAGCAGCAAGAGGAUUUUCUGUGCCUUGGACUUGAACUUAACCCCUGAUGUAGAUCUCGAUUUGAAGCUAUGGUCGACCGCACCCGUUUCAUCUCCGAUUUUGCGAUGUUUUUUUUAAGUCCCUUUCAUUGUUGUUCUUGUAGGAUUAGGAGAAGCUAAGAUGUAGUUGAUUUGUUCAUUCUUUUCGAGUUGUACCCUUUGUAUAUUUCCUUAAUUCUUUCACAUGACAUGGUAUCAAAACAUAAAUUUAUUUAUCAUUUA